AUGCGACGAGUUACACGUAUACGCCGCAGACACGGCAAAAGCAGGGCGGCCACAUCAUCAGCCUCCCGCACGACUUGUCCCGAGGGGUCGUGCACAGGGGGCGGGGAGAGGGUGGAGAGAGUUGACGUUCCGAUCACUCAGUCAAAUGAGGAGAGCAGAGACAAGUAUGAUGCGACGACAGAGAGCUUUCUCACGCGUGAGAGCUGUUCCGACUUUGUUGCUAUUGACAUUCUGGAGGAGGGGGCCACAGAGACUGCAGUCGAUCCUGGUCGGAUAGAUUUGCAUUAUUCGGAUGUUAGAGAGCUGUGGGGAUACGAUCCACAUCCCGAGCAUGGAGUGCGGCCCUGCUCGGUGGCAUCUUUCUUCAUCAUGCAGGCCUCUGCGGCGCGCCACGCCGAUGCGACUCGUGGCAUGGUGGCCGCCGCACCGAGACACAGAUCCAGUGCUGAUGAGACUGGUACAAAUGGAGCAAGUGCAGCUGGAGCAGACGGGGAUAGAGAGACCACGGAGCACGCUCGGCGCUGGGUGGAUAGGGGCUCCCGUGGCGGGAAGAGGAGUGGGGCGGGCGCUGCAGUGCAAGAGGAGGUUAUGGAAGAUCCGGAUGAGCUGAUCGAGGAGGUGACAGUGGCGCAAAGGUACGUGGCAUUCCAGCCGGUGGCAGUAGGGGAGGUGGCGGUGGGGAUGGAGAUGCCGGACGGCAAAUGGGAGGUGCUGACAUGCGCUCUCGCGGGGCAGCAGGGGCGCUGUGCUCUCGCCCCCUCUCGGCAAGCGCCACCUCUCUGUGAUUGGCUCUUCCAGGACAGUGGAGCUGGUGGCAUGGGGGGACUGCGCGAGUGGCGAUGGCUGCGUGGUGGCAUGCGUGGUGGUGUGCGUGGUGGAAUGUAUGGUGAUGUGCAUGGGGGUGUGGGUGAUGGCAUGCAUGGUGGAGUGCAUAGUGUGGUCCCCCUUUUCAUUCUCCCGUCCUCCUCGGACCCUUUUCUCGACCCUCCUUACAACCAGCCCAAUGGAAUACCCUCCUCCCUUUUCUUUUCUCACUGUUUCUGCCUACUUCCCCCCUUCCAUUCUCCCAACCCAACCACCCCCGUGUCUUCCUCCCAGCUGCUAGCGGCCAAGCUUGCGUGCACGACCCGUCACACGGCAGGCAUGACUGGCUUGGUUUCGCCUGCCGACUUUUGUGCGGCACACAUGGCAGCACUGGAAGGGAUGCUAGACCACUCCGCAUCCGUUUCUGCUGCUGCUGGCCUGGAGGCAGGUGGAGGUGGAAAUGGGGCUGCUUCGGAUGGUGGUGGUGGUCUAGGUGAUAAGCGCCUCUGA